AUGAUGACAACAGAACAUUCCACAGGACCACAAAUAGCAGUGCAAGGCUUGCUUCACAAAGUGCCAGUCUCAAGGCUUGCUUCACAAAGUGCCAGUCUCAAGGCUUGCUUCACAAAGUGCCAGUCUCAAGGCUUGCUUCACAAAGUGCCAGUCUCGAGGCUUGCUUCACAAAGUGCCAGUCUCGAGGCUUGCUUCACAAAGUGCCAGUCUCGAGGCUUGCUUCACAAAGUGCCAGUCUCAAGGCUUGCUUCACAAAGUGCAAGUCUCAAGGCUUGCUACACAAAGUGCCAGUCUCGAGGCUUGCUUCACAAAGUGCCAGUCUCAAGGCUUGCUUCACAAAGUGCCAGUCCUGAGGCUUGCUUCACAAAGUGCCAGUCUCAAGGCUUGCUUCACAAAGUGCCAGUCUCAAGGCUUGCUUCACAAAGUGCCAGUCUCGAGGCUUGCUUCACAAAGUGCCAGUCUCAAGGCUUGCUUCACAAAGUGCCAGUCUCGAGGCUUGCUUCACAAAGUGCCAGUCUCGAGGCUUGCUUCACAAAGUGCCAGUCUCGAGGCUUGCUUCACAAAGUGCCAGUCUCGAGGCUUGCUUCACAAAGUGCCAGUCUCAAGGCUUGCUUCACAAAGUGCCAGUCUCAAGGCUUGCUACACAAAGUGCCAGUCUCGAGGCUUGCUUCACAAAGUGCCAGUCUCAAGGCUUGCUACACAAAGUGCCAGUCUCGAGGCUUGCUUCACAAAGUGCCAGUCUCGAGGCUUGCUUCACAAAGUGCCAGUCUCGAGGCUUGCUUCACAAAGUGCCAGUCUCAAGGCUUGCUUCACAAAGUGCCAGUCUCAAGGCUUGCUACACAAAGUGCCAGUCUCAAGGCUUGCUUCACAAAGUGCCAGUCUCGAGGCUUGCUACACAAAGUGCCAGUCUCCAGGCUUGCUUCACAAAGUGCCAGUCUCGAGGCUUGCUACACAAAGUGCCAGUCUCAAGGCUUGCUUCACAAAGUGCCAGUCUCAAGGCUUGCUUCACAAAGUGCCAGUCUCGAGGCUUGCUUCACAAAGUGCCAGUCUCAAGGCUUGCUUCACAAAGUGCCAGUCCCGAGGCUUGCUUCACAAAGUGCCAGUCCCGAGGCUUGCUUCACAAAGUGCCAGUCUCGAGGCUUGCUUCACAAAGUGCCAGUCUCGAGGCUUGCUUCACAAAGUGCCAGUCUCGAGGCUUGCUUCACAAAGUGCCAGUCUCGAGGCUUGCUUCACAAAGUGCCAGUCUCGAGGCUUGCUUCACAAAGUGCCAGUCUCGAGGCUUGCUUCACAAAGUGCCAGUCUCAAGGCUUGCUUCACAAAGUGCCAGUCUCAAGGCUUGCUACACAAAGUGCCAGUCUCGAGGCUUGCUUCACAAAGUGCCAGUCUCAAGGCUUGCUUCACAAAGUGCCAGUCUCGAGGCUUGCUUCACAAAGUGCCAGUCUCGAGGCUUGCUUCACAAAGUGCCAGUCUCGAGGCUUGCUUCACAAAGUGCCAGUCUCAAGGCUUGCUACACAAAGUGCCAGUCUCAAGGCUUGCUUCACAAAGUGCCAGUCUCGAGGCUUGCUACACAAAAUGCCAGUCUCAAGGCUUGCUUCACAAAGUGCCAGUCUCAAGGCUUGCUUCACAAAGUGCCAGUCUCAAGGCUUGCUACACAAAGUGCCAGUCUUAAUGCUGUGCAGUUUGUACCAGUGGUGA